AUGGACAGGGUUGUCUUUAGCAUUCGGGUCAGCUCAGUGCGGAGAGCCCACUGCUCCUGUCCCGGGCCAUGCUACCUCUCCUGCAAAGUCCCUCCUACCGCCGCCCUCCUCGCACCGAGUGGGCUUGGCUGCGUGCAGGUUCCGGGGAAGGCUGCAGGUGGAGCCGUCGGACCCGGCCCCUCCGGGACCGGUAGCUUCCUCUCCGGGUCCACGUUCCAGGCCCCCCGCAGCAGCUGGAAGGAUUGCGUCGGAGCCCCGCCUGCCCCAGACGUCUUGAGAGCCAACCGUGGCGUGGGCGAGGGCUGCCCUCAGAAGCUGGUGACCGCUGGUCUGCUGCGCUUCCUCCUGCUGGUGCUCAUCCCCUGCAUCUGCGCCCUCACGGUGCUGCUGGCCAUCCUGCUGUCCUUUGUGGGAACAUUAAAAAAGGUUUAUUUUAAAUCAAAUGGCAGUGAACCUUUCGUCACUGAUGGUGAAGUUCAAGUACCUGGUGUAUUCCUUGCAACUACAGUAUAUAAUGAGAGCACAGGGGCACCCACGAUGCCCCCAAGUCAAUCCACUCCAGCCUGGACACCUAGAGUUGCUCCUUUCUCUGGGGACCAGAGUCCGAGGAAUACAAGUGCCUGCAUGAACAUUACUCACAGCCAGUGUCAGAUUCUUCCCUACCACAGCACCCUGACACCUCUUUUGCCAAUUGUCAAAACCAUGGACAUGGAGAAGUUCCUCAAGUUCUUUAUGAAUCUCCAUCGCCUCAGUUGCUAUCAACAUAUCCUGCUAUUUGGCUGCAGCCUCGCCUUCCCUGAGUGCAUCGUUGAUGGUGAUGACAGGCGUGGCCUCCUGCCCUGUAGAUCUUUCUGUGAGGCUGCAAAAGAAGGGUGUGAGUCUGUCCUGGGGAUGGUGAACUCCUCCUGGCCGGAUUCCCUGCGAUGCUCUCAGUUUAGAGACCACACCGAGAGCAACAGCAGUGUCAGCAAGAUCUGCUUCUCGCUGCAGCAGGAACACGGGAAGCAAUCGCUCUGCGGAGGGGGUGAGAGCUUCCUGUGUCCCAAUGGGAUCUGCAUCCCUAAGAAGCUGCAGUGCAACGGCUACAACGACUGCAAUGAUUGGAGUGACGAGGCUCACUGCAACUGCAGUGAAGAUCUGUUUCACUGCCACACAGGCAAAUGUCUCAACCAGAGCCUCGUGUGUGAUGGGUAUGAUGACUGUGGAGAUCUGAGCGAUGAGCAAAACUGUGAUUGCAAUCCCACAAAAGAGCACCGCUGUGGGGAUGGGCGCUGCAUUGCGGCUGAGUGGGUGUGUGACGGGGACCACGACUGUGUGGACAAGUCUGACGAGGUCAACUGCUCUUGUCACAGCCAGGGCCUGGUGGAAUGCAGGAGUGGACAGUGCAUCCCUGGCACCUUCCAGUGCGAUGGAGACGAAGACUGUCAGGACGGGAGUGACGAGGAGAACUGCAGUGACAGUCAGACGCCAUGUCCAGAAGGAGAUCAGGGGUGCCUCGACAGUUCCUGCCUCGAUUCAUGUGCUGGUAGCUCUCCGUGCGACUCAGACAGCAGCCUGAGUAACUGUAGUCAAUGUGAGCCAAUCACUCUGGAACUCUGCAUGAAUUUGCCCUACAACCAUACACAUUAUCCAAAUUACCUUGGCCACGGGACUCAAAAGGAAGCGUCUAUCAGCUGGGAGUCAUCUCUCUUCCCUGCACUUGUUCAAACCAACUGUUACAAAUACCUCAUGUUUUUUGCUUGCACCAUUUUGGUUCCAAAGUGUGAUGUGAAAACAGGCCAACGCAUCCCCCCUUGCAGACCCCUGUGUGAGCACUCCAAAGAGCGCUGUGAGUCCGUUCUUGGGAUCGUGGGCCUCCAGUGGCCUGAAGACACAGAUUGCAAUCAAUUUCCAGAGGAAAAUUCAGACAAUCAAACUUGCCUCCUGCCCAGUGAAGAUGUGGAAGAAUGUUCUCCGAGCCACUUCAAGUGUCGCUCAGGGCGGUGCGUGCUGGGUUCCAGAAGAUGUGACGGUCAGGCUGACUGUGAUGAUGACAGUGAUGAAGAGAACUGUGGUUGCAAAGAGAGAGAUCUUUGGGAAUGUCCAUCCAAUAAACAAUGUCUGAAGCAUACAUUGAUCUGUGAUGGUUUUCCAGACUGCCCUGACAGCAUGGAUGAAAAAAACUGCUCAUUUUGCCAGGAUGAUGAGCUGGAAUGUGCCAACCAUGAGUGUGUGCCACGUGACCUGUGGUGUGACGGAGGGGUCGAUUGCUCAGACAGUUCAGAUGAAUGGGACUGUGUGACCCUCUCUAAAAAUGGGAACUCCUCCUCAUUCCUGGCUGUUCACAGAUCUGCAACAGAACACCACGUGUGUGCUGACGGCUGGCAGGAGACGUUGAGUCAGCUGGCCUGCAGGCAGAUGGGUUUAGGAGAACCAUCCAUGACUGAACCGAUACAAGGACCAGAAGGCCAGCACUGGCUGAGGUUGCACUCGAGCUGGGAGGAUCUCAAUGCCACCACCUUGCAGGAGCUGCUGGAGCAUGGGCAGUCCUGUCCAAGCAGAAGUAAGAUUUCCCUUCUGUGUGCUAAGCAAGACUGUGGUCGCCGCCUUGCUGCUCGGAUGAACAAGAGGAUCCUUGGGGGUCGGACUAGUCGUCCUGGGAGGUGGCCCUGGCAAUGCUCUCUGCAGAGUGAACCCAGUGGACACAUCUGUGGCUGUGUCCUCAUUGCCAAGAAGUGGGUUCUGACAGUUGCCCACUGCUUUGAGGGGAGAGAGGAUGCUGAUAUUUGGAAAGUGGUAUUUGGCAUAAACAACCUGGACCAUCCGUCAGUCUUCAUGCAGACCCGCUUUGUGAAGAGCAUCCUGCUACAUCCCCGUUAUAGUCGGGCGGUGGUGGACUAUGACAUCAGCGUAGUGGAGCUGAGCGAUGACAUCAAUGAGACAAGCUACGUCAGACCUGUCUGCUUACCCAGCCCGGAGGAGUUUCUAGAACCGGAUACGUACUGCUACAUCACAGGCUGGGGCCACAUGGGCAACAAAAUGCCCUUUAAGCUGCAGGAGGGAGAGGUCCGCAUCAUUCCUCUGGAGCGCUGCCAGUCCUAUUUUGACAUGAAGACCAUCACCAGUCGGAUGAUAUGUGCCGGCUACGAGUCUGGCACUGUGGACUCAUGCAUGGGAGACAGUGGUGGGCCUCUGGUUUGUGAGCGACCUGGAGGACAAUGGACAUUAUUUGGCUUAACUUCCUGGGGCUCUGUCUGCUUUUCCAAAGUUCUGGGGCCUGGAGUGUACAGCAAUGUGUCUUACUUUGUUGAAUGGAUCGAAAGACAGAUAUAUAUCCAGACCUUUCUCCAAAAGGAACUCCAAGGAUGAUCAGAGACUUUGCCAGAAACCCACACAAGAAUGGCCCUCUUGACUGCGAAGAGUGUCCCACCAAGUGCUGUACGGAUGGGCUUUUCAUGGGCAGGGUGCCCAACAUGCACUGCAAGACCUCUUGUUUGCCUCAGAUCCAUUUUACUCAGCUUUUGAUUUUUUUUCAACUUUAUCAUUCAUUACGUUCAUGACUUCUUUUAAGAGCACAGACCAAAGUAGGUUUUGUUUAUUUUUCCUUAGGCUAGCCUUGAAUGUAGUGUGGAAUUAGCAACCCCAUAGAGACAACAUUUGGAGCUCUAUGGUAACAAGUUAUAGGAAGUUCCUUUUCAUACUGUCACACCAAACACACAGGGACACUGAUGGGUCUCCUCCAGGCUCGGUUCAAACACUGUGGCAUAGGGGACACAUUUCAGAACUGAUCCUGGAAACUGGCUUUCAAUUCAUAAAAAGCCAAGAUAAUGUACAUGCUUAUAUUCUUUACCAGACUCUUCUAAAUAGUUUGGGGGAAACUAUGAAAGGCAGAGAAAAGACCAACCGUAUUGAUCUAGACAGUUGAAGUUGCAACACAUACAGAAUGUAAAAUUCUCUGGCCAUCAAAAAUAACACUCAGAAGUAUAAUUCUAUCCUUUUUGCAUUCAAAUUAAGAUGGUAAUUCCAUAGAAAAUCUCCACAGGACUUUCCCCAUUACUGGGGAUUUUUAGUCUAUGUCAGUUAUAUGACGGAGAUUUCAAAAACUAGGUCAUUCUUGGCGAAAUAUAUUGUUUGCCUAUAUGAAAAUGAAUGAGAAACUUCUCCACUUUGGAGACAAGCAAUUAAAAAGAAGAAAAUCAAAGGUAUCCCACCCCCAAUUAAAUCUGAAAAUUAGUCUUCCUGUGUUCACCCAAACCAGAAAUGUCACAGAAAUCUAUUUCAAAGUGGAGCAAAAUGUUGCAUGGAGCAAAACAUUUUGCAAUUUCCCCCAAUGAUGUCUAACAUCUGGUAUUGCCAUUUUGCCUCAUUGAUAAUUAAAACAAAAAUUGAAAGAUGUUUUUAAGCACUGGGCCACUUUACGCAAAUCAAUUUCCGAAGCAAUUAGUGGUUAUAAGUAUUUUUUUCCACUAAAAAGCUUCCAAACACAAAACUUAAUACAUACCUAAUUUUAUUAGCCAGACAUCAACUAUGUAACAUCCAAAUGCCUUUUUGAACAAGUAGGAUGUACUAUUAACCUUCACCAGCAACCAGCCUGCCUCAGCAUUCCAAACAGGGACUACCUGCAGUUUUAUAUGUGUAUUGUGUAUGCUUUUUCUAUGUGUCAAUACAGUUCAAAUCCAACAAGUUGUUUCAACCCUUAUUUUUCAUGUUAUUCACCUCUUGUCCUGGAACUUGUUAGAAAGAGCACCUGUACUGGGUUCACAACGGCAUGAAGGUUUAAGACCAUUGGUCUGUUUUGUUACAAUUGUUGGCACAUAAUUAAUGAAGCAAUUUUUUUAGCCUUGAUGAACUUAUAUUCAGUAAAAUGGACAUGUUGGGGUUAUUUUCAAUAAUUAUGAAUACAAAUAAAAUGAUAAUUUUUUCUUCUUGAGGAAUAUGGAUGGAAUAUAGAUACCACCUUCCAGGAAAGUGGUUGGUUAUCUCUCUUAUAGCACAGUGGCACCCAGUUUCUUGUCAGCCAAAAUUUACAUGUUAUAUAUAUAUCUCACUCUCACAGGAACCUGAUCUUUCAGAGUAGUAACAACUUCAUCUUUAGUCUUAUGAGUUGCUAAUCGUAUUAAUUGUUCCUGGAGUACUCCAAAACAUCAGCCUUGCUAAGAGAACAUGAGUCUACAAUGCCUGCGUGCAUUUUUGCAAGUUUUCCUACUCUUUAGAAAACUUUUAUAAUAAAAUUAUACCCCAAACCA